GCUACUCCCCACCUCGCCCCAUCUUUGUCCCAGUGGAUCUCCUUUUCUUUCUAGUCCUUAGGGACUCUGAGCACCUCUCCCUUUUCCCAGUGGCCUGGUGCCCCGUGUGGGUCAGACAAGCAGGAUGGAGGGCUGCAUGGGGGAGGAGUCUUUCCAGAUGUGGGAGCUCAACCGGCGCCUAGAGGCCUACCUGGCCCGGGUCAAGGCGUUGGAGGAGCAGAAUGAGCUGCUAGGCGCGGAGCUCCGGGGGCACCGGACAAAGUCUGCGGACACCUCCUGGCGGGCCCGUGCCCAUGACGAGCUGGCGGCCCUGCGCGCCCUGGUUGACCAGCGCUGGCGGGAGAAACACGCGGCCGAAGUGGCGCGCGACAACCUGGUGGAUGAGCUGGAGGGCGUGGCGGCCCGAUGCCAGCAGCUGCGGUUGGCCCGGGAGCGGACGGCAGCCGAGGCAGCCAGCUACCGGCGAGCCAUCGAGGGGGAGAAGUGCGCUCAGUCCUGGCUGAGCACCCAGGCAGCAGAGCUAGCUCGCGAGCUAGAGGCCAUGCGCGCCGCGCACGAGGAGGAGCGCGCGAGCCUGAACGCUCAGGCAGCCUGUGCCCCGCGCUGCCCAGUGCCGCCCCGCGGGCCUCCCGCGCCGGCCCCGGAGGUGGAGGAGCUAGCAAGACGGCUGGGCGAGGCGUGGCGCGGGGCAGUGCGAGGCUACCAGGAGCGCGUUGCGCACAUGGAGGUGUCGCUGGUCCAGGCCCGCGAGAGGCUGGGCCGAGCUGUGCAGGGCGCUUGUGAGGGCCGUUUGGAGCUGCAGCAGCUCCAGGCAGAGCGGGGCGGCCUCCAGGAGCGCAGGACAGCACUGGAACAGCGGUUGGAGGGCCGCUGGCAGGAGCGGCUGCGGGCCACUGAAAAGUUCCAGCUGGCUGUGGAGGCGCUGGAACAGGAGAAACAGGGCCUACAGAGCCAGAUCGCCCAGGUUCUGGAAGGUCGGCAGCAGCUGGCACACCUCAAGAUGUCCCUCAGCCUGGAGGUGGCCACAUACAGGACCCUCUUGGAGGCUGAGAAUUCCCGGCUGCAGACUCCUGGCAAUGUUCCCAAGGCUUCCCUUAGCUUCCAGGACCCCAAGCUGGAGCUGCAAUUUCCUGGGACCCCAGAGGGCCGCCGUCUUGGACCUUUGCUCCCUGUCCUGAGCCCAUCCUCCCUCCCCUCCCUCUCACCUGCUACCCUUGAGACUCCUGUGCCAGCCUUUCUGAAGAGUCAGGAAUUCCUCCAGGCCCGUACCCCUGCCCUGGCCAGCACCCCCAUCCCGCCCAUGCCGCAGGCUCCCUGUCCUGCUGCAGACCCAGAGAUCAGAGCCCAGGAUGCUCCUCUCUCCUUGCUCCAGCCACAGGAUGGGAAGCAACAGGCUCCAGAGGCCCUGUGGGCUGAAGCCAAGGUGGCUGUUCCUGUCAGUGUCCUGCCAGAACCAGAGGAGCCUGGGGGCAAGCAACAAGAAGCCAGUCCUGGCCAGUCCCCAAAAGAUCAGGCCUCCUUGGCUCCACCCCUCAGCCCUGACAACUCCAGUUUAGAGGUUAAAGGUGUAGAACCCAGAGCAUCUAGAGUACCCAGCAUAUUCCAGGAGGAAGGUGAAGGGCAAAUCUGGGGGCUGGUAGAGAAAGACACAGCCAGGGAGAGCAAAAUGGUAAGCAGUUUGCAGCAGGAAAUAUGGCAAAAAGAAGGGGAUCUUGACAUGAAGGAAACCCAAGACUCCCAGGUUCCUCUGGAAAAAGAAACCCUAAAGUUGCUGGGAGAGGAAAUUGAAGAGGCACUGGAAAACCAGAGCCAUGAGACACUAGAAAAGGAGAAUCAAGAAUCACUGAGGUCUUUAGAAGGAGACUUGGUAAUACUAAAAAGUCUAGAAAAGGAAAAUCAGGAGCCAGUGAAGUCUUUAGAAGAAAAGGAUGUGGAGGUAGUGAGACUUCUAGAAAAAGAGGCUCUAGACCUACUUAAGCCUAUAGGAAAAGAGAACAUACAGAUACUGAAAUCCCCAGAAAAGGAGAGUCAAGAAGUACCGAGAUCUCUUGAAGGUAAUAUAGAGACAUUUUUAUUUCCAGGAAAAGAAAAUCAAUUAGUAAGUUCUCUAGAAGAGAAUUUAGAAUCAUUAACAGCUUUAGAAAAGGAAAAUCAGGAGCCACUGAGAUCUCAAGAAGUAGAGGAUCAGGAGACAUUGAGACCCCUGAUGGAAGAGAAUCAGGAAUCCCUGAGGUCUCUUGAAGAUGAGACAUAUAGACCUCUAGAAGAGGAGGACGAAGAGACAUUGAGACCUUUUGAAAAAGAGACUCAGCAGUCACUGAGAUCUCUAGGGGAAGAAGACCAGAUGACAUUAAGACCUCCAGAAAAAGUAGAUCCAGAACCACUGGAGUCUCUUGGGAAAGACCAAGAGAUAACCAGACAUCUUGACAAAGAGAAUCAAGAGUUAUUAAACUCACUAAAAGAAGAGCGUAUAGAGGCAAUGAGAUCUUUAGAAAUAGAAAACCUAGAAUCACUGAAGUCUGCAGAAGGGAACCUGGAAACAAUAGAAUCUCUAGAAACUCAAGAGCUACUGCAGUCUCUAGAAGAAAUGAAUCAAGGGACAACGAAACCUGUAGGAAAGGAUAUUCAGGAACCAAUGGGGUCUGUGGAAGAGAACCAAGAGAAGUUAAGACUCCUAGAAAAGGAAAAUCAAGAACAGCUGAGAUCUCUAGAAGCAUGGGACCUAGAGAAUUUGAGAUCUCCACAAAAGGUAGACAAGGAAAGUCAAAGGAAUCUGGAAGAGAAAGAGAAACUGGGGAAGGGAGAGAAUCCAGAGUCACUGAGGUCUCUGGAAGAGGAGGGACAGAAGGUGCCACAGUCUGCAGAUCAGCAGAGGUGGGAAGAUGUGGUUAUGAGGGACCAAGAACUGGGUUGGGAAAGUCCCCCUGGAAGGGCUGGAGUGGAAACUGAGAAUGAGGAUAAGGCAGAGCUAGACCUGAGGGAGCAGGGUGGCUUUGCUGGGAAGGAGAAGGCCGAAGAGCAGGAAGAACUACAGCUGCAGGCCACAGGGGAAGCCUGGAGCCCAAGCAAGGGGCACACAGGGAGCCAUGAGUCCAAAGAGCAGAAGGGCCCAGCUGCAGGAGCCAGUGGGAAGGCAGAUGCUGAGGGCCUCCAGGACCCUGAAGGGCAACCAGAGCAAGUGGGGGCCCCAGGCUUCCAAGCACCCCAGGGAAUUCCAGAGGUGAUGGAACCCCCAUUGGAAGAUGAAGAUGUGGUCCAAGAGGGUGGCCAAGCUUCCUCAGAGGUCACCUUGGGGUCAGAGCCAGCCUUGGGUGAGUCUGCUGUGGCAGCUGAGGAGGGACUGGAGCAGGAGGUGCGAGGGCCAGAGGACCCAGGCCACCAGGCCGUAGGGGAGGUGAUAGAUCCUCCUCCAGAAGAGGAAAGUUUAGAGGCAAAGAGGGUUCAGGACUUGGAAGGGCCUGGAGAGGACUCAGAGGAGACUGAUGCUCUGGAGGCUGAGCCCUCUAAGUCCCCCAGGGGCAGCAGAGAUCCCCUGGAGCCUCCCCAGGGCUGGGAGGAGUCAGAGUGUGAGACCUGGGGAGCAGAGGAGGUAUUGCCUGUGGAGAUCUCAGGCCACAGUGGAAGUGAUGCCCCUCUACCUAGGCCCCUGGGCUCAGAGGAAGCUGAGGAGGAUGGACAGCUGGUGCUGGACUCCCCUGGCCCAAGGCCCACUGAAACCCGGUUGCCCACUGAAAUCCUGGCAGAUGACCCUGGGCCACAGACCCAGGCUGAGGGGAGCCAGGGAGCUAGCUGGGGGCUAGAGGGCAGGGCUGAGGCCCUGGGAGAAGUGGAGGGUGAGCAGGAGGAGUUAGGUUCUGGGGAGAUCUCUGAGGGCCUCCAGGAGGAGGGGGAGGAAAGCAAAGAAGACAGUGAGGCUGAUGAGCUUGGGGAGACCCUUCCUGACUCCACUCCCUUGGCCCUCUACCUCAGGUCCCCCACUUCCUCCAAGUGGGACUCGGUUGGGGAGCAGAGGCCUUCCCCUCAAGGGGAGACCAGAAAGGAAACCUGGGAUCCUGUUGGUCUGGUUUCCCAGGGCCUUGGGGCCCAAUGCUCAGCAGAGGAUGAAGAAGAUAGGGAGGGGGAGUGUGGCCAUGACUCUGACCUGUCAGAGGAAUUUGAGGACCUGGGGACUGAGGCUUCUCUUCUUCCUGGAGUCCCCAGGGAGGUGGCAGAACCUCUGGGCCAGGCGUCCCAGCUGGUACUGGAGCCUGCAGCCUGGGAUCGGGAUGGGGAGUCUGAUGGGUUUGCCGAUGAGGAAGAGAGUGGGGAAGAGGCAGAGGAAGAGGACGGGAGGGAACCAGGGGCUAGGCGCUGGGGGCCAGGGUCCUCUGUUGGCAGCCUCCAGAACCUGAGCAGCUCCCAGAGAGAGGAUCUACUUGAGUCUGAGGCUGUGGAUGUCAGUGUCUCUUGGGAUGAUGGCUUGAGGGGUGCGGUGGCUGAUGCCUCUGUGACUACCCUGGAGACUGAGUCCCAGGAGAGCGCUGAGCCUUCUGGCUCAGAGGAAGAGUCUAGCCCUAUUCCUUUGGAGACCCCCAGUGGAGUGGAGGAUGUGAGCCCAGGGGACACUCUUGGUGUCAAUGGCCAAGACCCCAACUUGGAGGAGUCAGAACACAUGAAUGGGGGUGUGAUGAAUGGGUUGGGGCAGUCUGAGGGAGUGGGGCAAGGGAAAUUGGAGUCCUCUGAGAGGGGCCAAGGGAGCCCCUUACAGGAAGAAGAGGGGGGUGCCUUGAAGACACCUUGGGCAGGGGCUCCUCUUCACCUGGGCCCAGGGCAGUUCAUGAAGUUCACUCAGAGGGCAGGAGAUGGAGACUCCUGGUCCUCAGGGGAAGACUAGAGAAAGAGCUCAUCCUCCUGCAAUCCCCUCCCUGCUCAGGGGCACCUUAGCAUAUGAUCUCUUGACCUGUGGUUUCUUCCAAGAGGCCUGGCAGGCUCAGGGGAGAUGGGGUGUAGCAAAGGAACCGGUCUCAGAAUGGAGGCUCUGAAAAUAAAAAAGCUCACGCCCUGAACAGGGGCCUCCUGCCUGUACCAUCCCACAGGCUUAAGUCAGCUGCACCCUGGGGUGCCAGGCCCCCUUCCUCUGCACCCAUCAGCUGGAACAGGCUUGGGGCCCAGUGGCUCCUCCAAAGGGAGGGGCUGUGGUGGUCUUUGUGUCCCUCCUCAUGCCAGUAGCACCACCGUGGUAGGGUGUCUGCUCUGUGGCUAGUGUAGGCGAGGGUGCCCCUCUGCCCUGACCCCCACUUCCCUGCCAUGUUGUGGCCCUGCCUGGCUCAUCCUGCUUGAAUAAAGUAAUGCC